AAAUAUAUGUUUAUAUGUAUAUGCACUGUAUCAGUGCAGUGGUGGUAUAAACAUUCAGAUAGUUCCAGAUUCCAAGAAAGGCUGCUAGCACUGACCUCAUAACAAAUUCGUAGUCACAAGUGAUCAUGUAAUCAAAAAAUACGAAAAAUAAUAUUCUUUUCGUGUUUUCUUGCAUAACCCGCUCAAUGCAUACGAAUUGGGUUUUAUGUCCUGUUAUUGUUUAGUACCUCGCGUCAGCAGCCACAUAUUGGCGUUCUGGAAAAAUGUGGUUACUACUUAUUCUUCUGUCAAUAAGUCUGUCUGUCAACUGUCACGUGUUACCAGACGAGCCUCUACCAGAGACACACGAGGCUUCAGAGGCCAGUAUACUUCAAUACGUGAAACAUUUCAGACAAAUAUUAUCAGACUAUAUAACAACACAAUACAAAACCAAUGCGCAAGAUUAUGAUAAAGUAUCUACGAUCAUUGAUGCGUUCUUCAGAAAAUUAGCAUCAGAUCUGUUCGACGUAUUGAAUAACAACGGCAAAGAAUGGGAGCCAAAGACAAAUGUAGAAGACGGUUUGCCAGAUGAGAAAUUUGAUGAGGUUAAAAGAAAUAUACGUCACCAAUAUUCAGAGAUAACUGACAGUUCAGCUAACGAGAUUGUCUACAGGUUGAGAGUGAAUUUGUACGAUACUAAAUUGAAAUUAGACGAUAUUAUGAAGAAGGAUAAAAUUGUGGAAUCUGAAGAAUCUUCCGAGGAAUAUGAUUCUUAAAGAUCUAUGAAUGAAUCUUACGUUAAAAAUUGCAGUGGAAUUAAAUGUUACUAUUACUCUAU